AUGGAAGUGGACCCAGCUAUAGUGCCCCGACUGACCCCAAUACUCUCGUAUUUCGAGACCUCGCCACAUACAUUUCCUUGGCGCGGAACGCGACCUCAAGACAUCGAACGACGACGCGCCCAGCUCAACGAUGUUUUCAUAUUCGACCUCCUUCUCUCUGCCGGGGGCGUAAAGAACCCAGACACACUAUUUCCACCUCACAACGUCUCUGGUCUUGAGCGGCUGCUCGGGGUUAUUGAAACAUCGAACUACGACACCCUGAAGAAGGAGUGUUUGAUUUACUGGCUGCUCAAGUGGCAUUCCGACGGGCGUGAAGCCAGGUUCAGCGAGGACAGGUGCAUUCCCCCUCAAUUUGUGGUGUUGUCGGAUGCGUAUUGGUACCUAGAUGCGGGCGUAGACAUUCCGCGUGCCGUUUCCAUACUAUCGGAUCCGCGGAUUAAUCGCGACUUUGUCUCCAAAAUCCUUCACGCCAUUUCCACGUCGCCCAAUGCCUCACCGCUUAUCCUCAAAUACGUGCGGACGGCGAAACCUAUCCUCACCGAGCCAGAUGAUAUUGACCUUUACGCCAACGCAUUGGCAGAAUCGAGUUUCCUAGAAGCAUGGCAGCACCAGCGAACGUUUGGCGAGACUGAUUUAACAAGGGAACGACUAUUCAGAAAUUUUGUAGGAUGGUGCCUCAUGCCUAUCCCAAAGAUGUCUGCCCUGGCGCAGCUUCUCGCCUUUCCCAUCUCCCCCUUCGAAGAAAAGCUACUACUUUCCAUCGCGUCGCCGGCGUCUGGGGGACGCCAGCAGUCAUAUCUGUCCCAACUACCUACGUUGAGCCGCCUCUCACAGAUCGUCCUACAAGAUCUCAUUUGUACGCGACUGAUACAAUGCGGGCGUUACACGGACGCCAUCAAAUUAGACAAGGAAUUCACAGCCAAUUCAGCAGCAGGCCCGACCUCUAUACGAGAUGACGAUGCAUCCUUGAUACAGACACGUAUCCAGGAGCGAAACCGCAUGAUGCGCGAAGUGUACUUGACGCUUACGCCUGCUGAACGCAACCUCUUGGACGCCGAGAUGGAUGGUCCGCCUGGUAACGGUGGUACUACAAACCUCAUGAAUGGAGGUACUCAACGCACUAACAACGCGCCUGAUGCGGACCUAAGCAUGUCCUGGGAAGAGAUCCACGUCCCCCUUCCAGCGUACCCGAAGAGCAGUGGCUCAACUACAAAGACUGCCGCUAGGAAAAGUCAUGGAGGUCUAUUCGACUCGAUAUCUUCUCUUUCGCGCCCCCUCGCAGCCAGCACCUCUACACCUCUACGUGCAUCCUCAAUCGUGGAUUCGUCCUCUAAAACAAAACCUCUUGGCGAAUCUGCUCUUCUGGGAUCACUGUCCGGCAGGCAACCUCGGGUCAGCUUCCCGCCAGUGCCCGUCACAAGUGCCUCGCCGCUCAGCUCCGCGUCUCGGCCACGAUUAUCGUUCCCCACAGGAUCUGCGCGACUAUCCACUGGCUCCAACCAACGACUAUCAUCUACCCUCAACAACUCCCAAUCUUCGAAACUUCUAACCCAGUUUACACCAGCUAGUAGUGUGAGGAACGCGUUCUAUAAUCCUCCCCUGAGGAGCUUGGUCGCGGAGGACUCAAGUUCACGUACACCGCGACAGCACGUGCAGAACAGCUCGGGUGCCGAAGCAGAUGCGGCGAUGGAUGAGGUAGCAAGCAAUGAUGCCGAGAGUGUGGGUGAUGAAGAACGACCUGCAGAAGAUGAAGGGGGACAAAAUGAGGAAGAUGAGCCUGGGUCCCCGGUGGAAGAGUUAAGCUAUUCCGUCUUCGGGAACAGGCCACCGGCACAAAGAGAGCAGAAGAACGUCGAACAGUCCCGAAGACCAUCAGAGCACUCGGCGACGCCGGCGCCUCCAGGCCACUUUGAAAUCGGGCGUCAAGUUAGCCAUAAAGACGACUCUGACGAUGCGGAGGACGAAGAGCCCUUCAACCGAGAGGAAGAGCUGUUGAAGCUGAAAGCCGAGGUGCAGCGACAGCAUCUUGGUCUGCCGAAAGCCAAGGCGCGGUCUACGCGGGCUAGUAUCACCAGCGAGGCCAAACCUUCUCGUUCACGACGGCCGGCCGAUACAAGCAAGGAUAGGUCCACGAAGUCGACUCGUGCGAGUAAGGCGAUUCGGGAAAGCAAGCCUUCUGAUCUUGGGCGUAGCCUGCCUGGUUCGCUCAUGGACGAAGAGGAUAGCGACGAUGACGCACAUAAUAACACAGCGCAGCGUGAGGAGGACGACAAUGUCGCCCCUCUACCUUCGCAGUCGGAGAAGACGAGCCAUACCAGAAGGUCGAGACGGUCGCGCUCAUCUCUGUCUGUUUCGGACUUGGGGGAUGACGAAGGGGCACGAACAAGAAGACGCUCGACUAGGAUUUCAGCUGCUCAUACGCCGUCUGAGGAUGAUGGGGCUCGCCGAAGUAAACCUCGGACAACGACCCGCAGAAAGAAGUGA